CUUGUCAAAACCGUCCAACGGAGGGGAUGUUGCUGAUUGCGGCUCCGGUGGAUUCUUGUACUUUGUCCGGCAAUAAAAGGUAUUUUGGGGCAUUUUCCGCGUACUGUGGGCAAUGAAAAUACGCAAAAAGUCCACAGGGGUGCACGAAAAGGCAUCUCGCAGUGAAUUUUAGUGCUUACGUGCGGGAAAAAGUGGUGAAAAGUGUGAAAAAAGCAGCGCGUUGGGUUAAAAAAGAAGUUUUCUUUUUGUUUCUUUUUAUUUCUCAACAUCGUAACUUUUUUUGUUGGUGUUGGUGUUGUCAAGCGUACGCGUGUGUGUGUGCGGGAAGUCUUUUUAUUCCGCGUAAAAGUGUAACAGUGUGUGCGUGAUUUGUUAUGAAAAUUACUUGACAGCUUUUGAGCGCGUGCGGAGAAAAAACUGAAAUUAUGGAAUUAAAAGUGAAUUUAUUGGAAGUAACGUAGAGAGAGAAUAAUAAUUCUUGUGCUAAAGUGGGUGAUUAGAGCGAGGACUCCAAGAAAUUCUUCGUGUGUGUGCAGCAGUGAGCAAGAGAACAGUGAGAAAUGCUUGCGAGGAUUGCCUGUUGGGCAUUUAUCUUGCUCCUGGCAUCCUCAGUUGCUGGACUUCCGGCUGAGGCAGCAGCGGAAGCCACAACAGCAGGUGUUGAGAGGGAAGAGGAUGUUACAAAGGCUGCAACUAUUCGGCCUACUAGCAUUGCACCAACAACAACAACAACUCCAAAGGCCUCAACAUGUCCUCCGUCACAUUUUACAUGUCGCGAUGGCACGUGCAUUCCGCUCUUUUGGAAAUGUGAUUCAAACAGGGACUGUGAUGAUGGUUCAGACGAACCACCCGAAUGUGCCCACUCACUGGGAUGCCUAGAGGGGCAAUUUCGCUGCACUGGCACGCAAAAAUGCAUUCCCAGUGGAUGGUUGUGUGAUGGAGACUACGACUGUGGAGUCCACAAGAAGACACUCGUUGUGGAUCAAUCGGAUGAAAAUAAUGAUAAAUGUGUCAACACAACAAAAUGUCCACCGAAUAAAGUUGCCUGCCAGCCGGGUGUUUGUCUGGAGAUUGAGAAAUUCUGCGAUGGGACGUGGGAUUGUGUGAAUGAUGAGCUGAAUUGUGCGAAGAAUUUGUCAAAAUGUGGCACAAUUAAGUGCUCAUUUGACUGCCGUGACACCCCCGAGGGUCCAAAGUGCUUCUGCCCACCCGGACAGGAGCCGAAUGGCACAGCGUGUCAGGAUCUCGAUGAGUGCAAGCUCGAGGGGACGUGUGAUCAACUCUGUACAAAUACACCCGGAAGUUUUCGAUGUUCCUGCGUGUCGGGCUAUACGAGAAUAAAUUCACAUUGUCAAGCGAUAAAUGUACCAAAGGAGGAAGCCCCAUCAUUGGUGUUUAUAACACAAAAAGAUUUGCGAAGGGUGGCAAUGAAUGGGGAUUUGUGGUCAUUUAAUCCCGUCUAUCCCAUUGAGAAUCCCAUUUCAUUGGAAUUUUGGCAUCGGAAUCGCAGCGUUUGCCUUCUGUCGCCUUCGGCGGAGGCAGUGGUUGAGCUGAAUUGUCACAACAUUGAUGAUUUUAGCCAGAGGUGGCGUCUACCGUUGCCUGAUGCCUAUCCGAAUCUUGAGACAGUUGAAUUGGUGCUGCUCGAUUGGAUUUCGGGUAAUUGGUACUACCUGGAUGCGGGUAAGGAGAUUGUUUACGUGUGUACGGCACAAAUGCGCUACUGCACGGUGAUCCUUGAGCGGGAAAUGAGUAAAGUUCGAGGGAUGGCGCUCGAUCCAACGGCGGGGUUUGUCUUCUUCACAAAAUGGGGCAAUAAUCCGGCAACGUUGGAACGUUGUCUGCUCGAUGGGAGCAACAGGACACAACUGGUGUCCCAUAAGAUUGUCUACCCGAAUGGGGUGACGUUGGAUCUGGCCAAUAAGCACGUGUACUGGGUGGACACGUACAUGGACUUCAUUGAGCGCGUAACGUACACAGGGGAGAAGCGAUGGAGUAUAAAGAAACAAAUGAAUCACAUGGUUCUCAUUCAAUCCCUCCACGGGGUGACAAUGCUCGAAAAUAUGAUCUACGUGACCUCGUGGAAGAACCACACAGUGCUGGGGCUGGAUAAGUUCACCACAGAGGCUAAAGUUCUCGUUGCAAACUCCUCCGUACCCAUUGGCAUACACGUCUUCCAUCGGCAGCGACAACCCGAAGUUUCUCAUCCGUGUCGUGAACGGAAUGGGGAUUGUCAGCAUCUCUGUAUCCCCGCGUGGAGGAAGAAUGUUGCCACGGCGCAAUGCCUCUGUGCCCCCGGGUAUCGCCUCAAGGGCCGCACUCAGUGUAUCCUCGUAAAAUUCUCCUCCUUCCUCCUUUUUGCCCGUGAACAGCCGGACAUGAUUAAGGGGAUCCCCAUGAAGAAACAAACAGCCAUUCAGGACGCCAUUGUGCCCAUAGUCAAUGUAAAUUGGCCCAUAACCCUAGAUUUUGGCGUUAAAGAGCAAACGGUGUACUUUGCGCAUAAAAUAAAGAAGAGCAACACCUUCACGGUGGGCAGUCAGAAGCUAGACGGCACCGGCCGGAGGGUCAUAGCAACGGGCCUAGCGGCUUGCAAUGGGCUUGCCUACGAUUGGAUGGGUGGCAAUAUCUUCCACACGGAUUCAACGUGGAAUUUAAUUGGAGUCCUCAAAGUUGCAGAGCCCCCCAUUCAGAAGACACUCAUAACAGAUGGGAUUGUUCAUCCAGAUGCGAUUGUGGUUGAUCCUCAACAUGGUAUGAUGUACUGGACAACGUGGGCAACAAUGGGGCAUGUUGGUUCAAUUCAGAGCGCUUGGAUGGAUGGGACGCAUCGUGAGGUGAUUCUGCAGACAAAUCUCCACUGGCCAACGGGUUUGACGAUUGAUUUGCGUGCUGGGAAGCUGUAUUGGUGCGAUCCGAUUAUGCCAUCAAUUGAACGGGCGGAUUUCAAUGGGAAGAACCGGCAGGUACUCUAUAGUGGUGCCAGUGAGCACUUCUACCCGCAUUCAAUGGCCUUCAAUGGGGAGAUGAUUUUCUGGUCGGACAAUGUUCAGGGGAACAUCAGGGCGCUCAUGCUCAAUGGCACGGAGGCUGUGGAUGUGGGGGAGCCCCUUUUUGUUGAACGCAGCCUCAUUGGGAGUAUGAAGGUGUUUGACAAUAGCAGUCAAGUGGGGGCGAAUGCUUGCACGGCAGCAAAGAAUUGUCCGGGAGUGUGUUUGAUGACGCCCAAGGGAUCUGUUUGUUCGUGUGCCGAUGGGUUCUCCCUGAAUGCCAGUGGGACAGCGUGCAUGCCACAAGUGAACUACAUGGCACCCACGGAUUGUGCUGCAGGCUACUUCCGGUGCCGGCAUCAGCAUCAAUGCAUCGAAGUGAGAUUCCUCUGCGAUGGCGACGCUGAUUGCGGGGAUGGCAGCGAUGAGGCAGUCGGUGAGGAUGGCCCAUGCUCAACGAAGGAUCACUGCAACACAACAGCUGGAUACUUUCAGUGCGACGGCAAUCGAUGCCUCCACAAUUCAACACUCUGCGAUGGCGUAGCCCAUUGCAUCGAUGAAGCUGAUGAAGAUCCAAAGAUCUGUCCGAACAUAACGUGCUCAGAGAGUCAAUUUCAGUGCAACGGCACAAAGAGGUGCAUCCCCAAUAUUUGGUAUUGCGAUCAACAUGCCGACUGCGGGCCCGGAGACUUCUCAGAUGAACCCGAAGACUGCGGGGAGUGCCUGGAGUAUGAGUGCGACAAUAAAGUGUGUGUUCCGUAUGAGCAGCUGUGUGAUGGCUUUGACAACUGCGGGGAUCAUUCGGAUGAGAAUGGAUGCAUGUUGGAGUGUCGCCAUGGGCAGAUCUACUGCACACCCAAGGGAUGCAUCAAUGAGAGUCACAUUUGCGAUGGGAUUGUCGAUUGCUUCGACGCCAGGGAUGAGCAGCAGUGUGAGAAUGCAACAGUGAGCGACAACAAAACAAUCCGUAUUGAAGUGACCUGCGGUCGAGAUGAGUUUAAAUGUCUCAAUGGUUUGGAGUGCUUUUCGCAUCAUUUGCGCUGUGAUUCGGUAUUUGAUUGCCUCGAUCGGUCUGAUGAGAUGAAUUGCACAACAAUCAUCCCACGUCCUGGGGCAAAUGCAACAAUUAAGUGCGAAGACCCCGAACGGUAUUGCCAUCGUGACAAUAAGUGCAUCACAGUGGAUCAGCUGUGUAAUGGGGUGAAUGAUUGUGCCGAUGGGUCGGACGAGGGGUUCAGGUGUAGUGAGAAGUUGUGUGAUUAUGAGAAUGAAUGUUCACACUUCUGCCACAAUGCCCCCGAAGGGAUUCUCUGCUCAUGCCCGCCGCACAUGUUCCUCGCCAGUGAUGGGCGACGAUGCACGAUGGAACAUGCGUGCGAACAUUGGGGCACUUGCUCGCAAAUCUGCGUGCCGCGUGACAAGAAGUACACGUGCCAAUGUCACGAUGGGUUCAUGCUGCAGUACGAUCGUUUCUCGUGCCGUAGCACCAACAAAGAUUCCCCGUAUGUCAUCUUCAGCAAUCGCCAGGAGAUCCGUGGGGUGGACCUAAAGACGCUGGCUGUGAAGAAUUUCUACUCAGCCCUUCGCAAUACAAUUGCCCUGGACUUCUUCUAUGGCAAUGACACCGUCCAAAUCUACUGGACUGAUGUCAUUGAUGAUAAAAUCUAUCGGGCAAGCCUCAUUGGGGACUCCUUGACGAAUGUCGAGGCUGUCGUGCAAUCCGGACUGUCGACGGCUGAGGGUUUGGCCGUUGAUUGGAUUGGGAUGAAUUUGUAUUGGGUCGAUUCGAAUUUGGAUCAAAUUGAAGUGGCAAAAGUCAAUGGUAGCUUCCGGAGGACCCUCGUUGCGGGUGAUAUGGAGAGCCCGCGUGCAAUAGCACUCGAUCCGCGUGAUGGACUCCUCUUCUGGACGGAUUGGGAUGAGAUUUCCCCAAGAGUUGAGCGUUGCUCAAUGGCCGGAGAGUACAGGAAGACAAUUAUGCAGGUGCAACAGAUUCAGGGUGCGUGGCCCAAUGGGUUAACACUUGAUUACCAUCAGAGGCGUAUCUAUUGGAUUGAUGCGCGUUCCGAUUCGAUACAUACGACAAACUACAAUGGGGAUGAUCAUCAUUUGGUCAUUCGUGAUCAGGAGAUUCUGUCGCAUCCCUUUGGGAUAUCGCUCUUUGAGAAUCACGUGUAUUGGACGGAUUGGCGGACGAAUUCCGUGAUAAGAGCCAAUAAGUGGAAUGGUUCGGAUGUGGCGGUGAUUCAGAGGAAGCUCACACAGCCUUUUGGCAUACAAGUGUUGCACUCAAGUAGGCAACCCAGAGAUGGGGGGCGGAAUCCCUGUGGGACGAACAAUGGGGGAUGCUCGCAUUUGUGCUUGUUGAGCACAAAUGGGACGUUCCGGUGUCAGUGUCCGCACGUGAUGAGGCUCGAUGGGAAUAAUCGAACGUGCGUGCCGAAUGAGCAGGUUUUGCUGUUUGUGACGGGUUCGGAGAUUCGUGGAGUGGAUCUGUAUCAACCAAAUCAUCACACUAUUCCCACCAUUAGUCACACAACGCAGGUUCUGGCACCCGCCAAAAUUGACUUCUUGGUCAAUGGGAGUCGCCUUUUCUGGUCCGACGUGCAACUCAAUGAGAUUAAGACGUCGGGCCUGUCGAAUGGGCCCAUUGAGACAAUCCUCGAUACGGAUAUUCCCCUGCCCGUGGGCUUUGCCAUUGACUGGAUCGGCCAGACGAUGUUUGUGUCGUCCGGGAAGACGGAAUAUCGCAUUGUGGCGUGCAACCUUCACGGGGAAUUUGUCACGGAGAUUCAAACGAAUCUCCCUGCAAUUACGAGCAUUGCCGUCGAUCCCACGCACGGGCGUCUCUACUGGUCACAGUCGAGUGUCAACAACACACACAGGAUCAUGAUGAGUGCCAUGGAUGGGAGUGAUGUGGAGACAGCUGUGGCCACGGAUAAGAGUAUUGAUAGCCUCACAAUUGACUACGAAGCCCGCAGGCUCUACUACGUCUUCCCAUCCGCCGGGGCUAUCUAUUACUACGAUCUUGUUAGGAAAAUGGCCCAUGAGGUCCUGGCAAUGGCAAAUCCCCAAGUUUACGUGGGGAGUGUCACGGUGUACAGGGAGAAUAUUUACUAUGCUGAAAACUCUGACAAUACCAUCCGGAAGUGUGAUAAAAAUCACUGCGUUGAGAGCGAAAUAAUCCGCAAUAAUACCUCCGGUGUGCAUUCAUUGCGGAUGUUCUUCCCGGCGGCGCAAACGGGCACGAAUGCGUGUGCGGAGAAGAGGGGUGGAUGUCAGCACCUCUGCCUGGCCACGGGGCAGUUCUCGAGUGUCUGCAAGUGCGCCAUUGGCUAUCGCCAGGAUACGCGCGAUGAGAAACGCUGCAUUGGCACGGAGGAAUUCCUUCUGUACUCGUUGAGCUACGAACUGAAGGGAUUGCCGAUCUUUGAGGACAUUCGGGCGUACGAGUCGAGUAGUGAGAAGAAUGUUUUGGCACCCAUUUCGAGGAUCUCCCUGGCGGCCAGUAUUGAUUACCACGCAACAAGUGAUCUCAUCUUCUGGGCGGACAGUGAACGGGGAACAAUCACGAAGAUUCGACGCGACGGGACGGGCCGGGAGGUGAUUCUGCAUCAAUUUGAUUUGCUCGACAGCAACAAUAGUGACUCACCGAGUGGCAUUGCCGUCGAUUGGGUCACGCAGAACAUUUACUGGAGUGACGAGAAGAAGGACUUGAUUGAGGUGGCGCGCUUCGAUGGGUCCUACAGGUACGUUGUGGCGGCAAAUCUCAACAAACCCACAGCUCUGGCCGUUGACCCGAGAGCCGGGCUCAUCUUCUACACGGGUGAUCAUCACAUUGGGAUGAUGGGGAUGGAUGGGAGCUCAGCGUUUGUGCUGUAUAACCAAUCAGCAGCUGAUUGCAACAUCUUCCUCGACAUUGACAACAAACUCGUCUACUGGGCCGAAAUGCAAACGGGCAAAGUUAAACGGAUCGGCUAUGAUGGGCAUCAAAUGACAACACUCAUUGCUGAGGGGCUGACAAAUCCCGUGGCCAUUGCCGUGGCGCAUGAGAAGCUCUUCAUUGCGGAGAGUAUUCAUCAGAGGAGCACCAUCAAGGUUGUACCACUGGCAAAUCUCACAGACAUCACAAUCAUACGGACUGAAGCUAGUAGUCUCAGGGAUCUCAAGAUUUUCAGUCGUCACGUGCAGAAGGGAACGAAUUUGUGUGAAGUGGACAAUGGUGGAUGCCAGGAGUUGUGCCUUUACAAUGGCUCCCAUCCAGUUUGUGCCUGUUCGCACGGACGUAUAGCUAAAGAUGGGAAAUCUUGUGAGGAUUAUGAGAAUUUCUUGAUUUAUUCGCGAAUGACGUCCAUUGAGAGUAUCCACUUGACGGAUCAUACGAAUCUCAAUGGUCCCGUGGCGAAGAUUCAGAAUGCCACGUUGAUGAAGAAUACAAUUGGGCUGUCGUAUGACUACAGGAGGGGAAGGAUAAUCUACUCAGACAUCCAUUCGAGUUCAAUUAAUUGGGUUUUAUUCAAUGGAAGUGAUCACAGGAUGAUUGUUAAUAAGCAAAUUUCCGUUGAGGGGCUUGUCUUUGACGAAUUGAGUGAUCAUUUGUUUUGGACGAGUAACAUUGAUGCGUCAAUACGGGCUCUGCCGCUCAAGCAGAUCUCCUGGACGUAUCCGGCGAAUAAUACGAAUCUCGUGAAGGUUGUGAUGAAGCUCAAAGCGGGCGAUAAGCCACGUGGGAUUGCCGUUGAGAGUUGCAUGGCGAUGGUUUAUUGGACAAAUUGGAAUCAAGUCACACCGUCCAUUCAGCGGGCCUACAUCUCCGGGUAUGGCCUGGAGAGUGUCAUCACGACGGAUAUCCGGAUGCCAAAUGCAAUUACAUUGGAUUACGAAGCGCACAAACUCUACUGGGCCGAUGCGAGGCUGGAUAAGGUUGAACGGGCUGACUACGAUGGAUCUCAUCGAAUUAUUUUGGCUCAUUCAACCCCCAAGCAUCCGUUCUCAAUGGCCGUCUACGGGGAUUUGCUCUUCUGGACUGAUUGGGUGCUCCACGCAGUCAUUCGGGCAAAUAAAUAUUCCGGAAGUGACGUUGUCUUCCUCCGCAAAGACAUUGGACGUCCAAUGGGGAUUGUUGUGGUGCAAAAUACAACGCAAGACUGCUCCGCUGACCCCUGCAAGGUGCUCAAUGGUGGCUGCGAGGAUCACUGCAGUGUCGACAAGAAUCUCCGGGUGAAGUGUGAAUGUACCCGAGGGCGCCUUGCAGCAGAUGGGAAGCGCUGCCUCCCGGUGAAAUCUUCCUCAUGCCCACCGGAUAAUUUUGAAUGUUCCUCCGGUGGGUGCAUCCCCUAUCACCUAACCUGUGACACGGUUAAUCAUUGCCCCGAUGGAUCGGACGAAAUGACCACCUACUGUGCCUUCCGGACGUGCCGAACGAACUUCUUCCAAUGCGACAAUCAUCGGUGCAUCCCGCAGAAUCAGACGUGCAAUGGCGUUCAGAAUUGCGGCGAUGGGAGUGAUGAGGCGCACUGCAACUGCACCGAAGAGCAUUUCCGCUGCAAUACCGGCCAAUGUAUUCCCAUUAGAUACAAAUGCGAUGGUGAUCCGGACUGUCCGGAUUUGUCGGAUGAAAUAAAUUGUGAACGUCGUAGCUGCCAUCUUAGCUCCCUCACUAAUUCCGAAGAUGUCCUUCAGUGUGAACAUACAACGGCCUGUUACAUGCGGUCGUGGAAGUGCGAUGGGGAGAAUGAUUGCUGGGACGGGAGCGAUGAGGUGGAUUGCCCAGUUACGGCUAAGCCAACGUGUCCUCCGGAUAAAUUUGCCUGCCCCAAUGGGCAGUGCAUUGCCCUUGAGUGGCGAUGCGAUGGGGAGGAUGAUUGCAUGGAUGGGAGUGGAGAUAGCCCGGCGGCAGAUGAGCAAAACUGCACGCAUCGCUGUGGGUACAAUCAGUUCACAUGCCAGAAGGAUAAUUCGUGCAUUCCGGCGUCGUGGCAGUGCGAUGGGCAGCCCGAUUGCACGGAUGGGAGUGACGAAGGGGAGCACUGUCAGACGAAGGUUUGUCCCGAAAGUGGUUUCCGGUGCAACAGCACUGGACGAUGCAUUUCGCAUUUGUGGGUGUGCGAUGGGGACAAAGAUUGCUCCGAAGGGGAAGAUGAGGCACCCAUAAUGGAUUGCGAUGGGCAGAAAUCCUGCUCAAUCUUCUCCUUCUACUGCAAAUCCGGUGAGUGCAUUGACAUGCAGUACGUGUGCGAUGGGGAUGCCGAUUGCGAUGAUGGAAGUGACGAAGUUCCCGGAUGUUCACCAUCAAGUGCCUUCGGGCAUGCGGCAUGUGGGCAUGGGAUGUUCCGGUGUACAAAUCGCAAAUGCAUCCCGAAGAACUUUACCUGUGACUUCCGGACUGACUGUGAAGAUGCCAGCGAUGAAGAUCCCAAAAUGUGUGAAGAUUCCAAAAUUAUUUGUGCCGGACCGAAUCAUUUCCGCUGCAAUACGGGGGCGUGCAUCUCCGAAGCGGAUGUGUGCAAUGGCAGGGAUGACUGUGGGGACUUUAGUGAUGAACAGGCAUGCGGGGUGAAUGAGUGCGAAGACAUCUACAUGCCUAAAUGUGCCCAUAAAUGCGUAGACAAGAAGGUUGGCUACGAAUGUUCGUGCCAUGAAGGUUUCCGCGUGAGUACAAUUGAUCGUACGUUGUGUGAGGAUGCAAAUGAAUGCGAUGAACGUCCGUGUAGUCAGGUAUGCACGAAUACGCAUGGAAGCUACCACUGUUCGUGCAUUGAGGGCUUCACACGGCGUGAUCGGGCCAAUUGCAAGGCUGACAGUGAUGUCGAUAUGCGGCUGAUCUUCUCAAAUCGCUACUACAUUCGUGAAGUUGAUCUUUCGGGGCGUAUGACGCUGCUCGUGCACAAUCUGUCCAAUGCGGUGGCGUUGGAUUUUGAUUGGAGUAGUCAAUGCUACUUUUGGUCAGACGUCACGACGACAGUGAGCUCAAUAAGACGUUGGUGCCCACGGGAGAAUCGUACGGAUGUGCUGCAUCAGUCGUUGCUGCAGAAUCCCGAUGGGUUGGCGGUUGAUUGGAUUGGGAGGAAUUUGUAUUGGUGCGAUAAGGGUUUGGAUACAAUUGAGGUGUCAACGUUGGAAGGGAAGUUCCGGAGGGUGCUCAUUGCGGAGAAUAUGGAGGAUUUGCAGGAGCCACGAGCAAUUGUUCUGGAUCCCUUCAAUAGGUUCCUGUAUUGGACUGAUUGGGGGGAUAAGCCGCACAUUGGGAAAGCGGGGAUGGAUGGGAGUGACCCGCGGGUCAUUGUGAGGGAUGACCUGGGGUGGCCGAAUGCCCUGACAAUUAGCUUUGAGACAAAUGAAAUCUUCUGGGGGGAUGCACGAGAGGAUUUUAUUGCUGUGAGUGAUUUUGAGGGGAAAAAUCGCAAAGUUAUCGUUUCGCGCGUAAUUAAUCCGCACGUGAAUCUCCAUCAUGUGUUCGCCAUUGCUGUGUGGGAGGAUAGGAUCUACUGGACGGAUUGGGAUACGAAAUCCGUGGAGUACUGCCACAAGUACACAGGGGCAAAUUGUUCAACGCUCGUGCACACAAUUCAUCGGCCGAUGGAUAUUCGCGUGAUUCAUCCGUACAGGCAGCGUGCAGUGCCCGAGCAUGCGUGCACACGGGCAAAUUGUUCAACACUCUGCCUCCUGGCACCCAAUGCAGCGGGCUACACGUGCGCGUGCCCGGAUAACUUCUACCUGGCCAAGGAUGGGGUGUCGUGCAUUGCCAAUUGCACAGCGUCGCAAUUUAACUGCAAGAACACGUACAAAUGCAUCCCGUUCUACUGGAAAUGCGACGGAAUGGAUGAUUGUGGCGAUGGGAGUGAUGAACCGGACAAUUGUCCGGCAUUUGCAUGCGAGCCGGGGCAGUAUCAGUGCGCCAAUAAGAAGUGUAUUCACCCCAGUUACAUUUGCGAUGGGAAUGAUCAGUGCGGCGAUGCGUCGGAUGAGACAAAUUGUGACAAUUACGUGUGCUUCACGACGCAAUUUAAGUGCCCACGUGCUGGGAAUACGUCAGCGCAUUGCAUUGAUGCUGCACGGAGGUGUGAUGAGAAGAAUGACUGUGCUGGUGGGGAGGAUGAGAAGGACUGCCCGGCUAAGUCGUGCUCAAGCAAUCACUUUCAGUGCACAAACGGGCGGUGCGUGCCGAAAGUUUGGGUUUGCGAUGGAGACGUUGAUUGCAUCGAUGGGAGUGAUGAGCGUGAAUGCAGGCGUCGUGAGUGUCCAAUGAGUGAGUUUAGGUGUAAAUCCGGGCGUUGCAUUCCGCAUUCGUGGCGUUGCGAUGGGGAAAGGGACUGCCCGCAGGGGGAUGAUGAACCGCCCGAGUGUGGGAAUACCCAACCAACGUGUGAACCCCUCCAUUUCCGCUGCAACAACUCCAAAUGCAUCCCAGCACGGUGGCGAUGUGACUACGAGAACGACUGCGGGGACUACAGUGAUGAGGUUAAUUGUCAGCAAAGGAAUUGCUCCGAAUCUGAGUUCCGGUGCGGCGAUGGACGCUGCAUUCGUGGUAGUCACCGUUGCGAUGGGGAAUUCAACUGUGAGGAUCGCAGUGAUGAGAUGAAUUGCACUGUGACGUGUGCAAAAGAUGAAUUUCAGUGCGCAGGAGCAGCUCUUUGCAUUCACGCGAGUCACAGAUGCGAUGGGGAUGAUGAUUGUAUCGAUGGGAGUGAUGAGAUGAACUGCGAUUGCCUCAGGACGGAAUUCCGCUGCAGAAAUGGAAGAUGCAUCUCAAAUCGCUUCCGUUGCGACGGCUGGAAUGAUUGCCUGGAUGACAGUGAUGAGGAUACAGCGGUGUGUACGACAUGCCAUCAAACAGCUUUCCGGUGUCGCAAUCAUCGGUGCGUGAGUCGUUCGGUGCUGUGCAAUGGGCAGGACGAUUGUGGGGAUGACAGUGAUGAGCAGAGAUACGUUUGUCAGGAGCUCCAUCGAUGUCUUGCCCAUGAAUUCCGUUGUGCCGCCACGGGGGCGUGCAUUGAGGGGCAUUUCCGGUGCGAUGGGACGCCCGAUUGUCCCGAUGGGAGUGAUGAGAUGUCCUGCCGUGAGCCAGCGUGUACCUUUGGCGCAUGCAGUCAGAUUUGCUUGGAGAAGAAAGCGGGGAAUUUCAGUUGCAAAUGCCAACCGGGCUAUGCUAAAGGGGUACCCAAGAAUGACACCUGUCGUGCCACAGGGCGUGAGAAAUUCCUCCUAAUUGCGGCUGAGAGUGAAUUUAGAUUCCUCGCUCCGGAUAAGCCCGAUGGGAGCCUCGUGAUGGGUUUCGCCCUGCCGCCAACGUCGAAAAUUACGGCUUUUGACAUUCUGACCACGGAAACGGAUCUCUUCAUCUUCUGGAUUGAUUCCUUCAAUAAUCACAUUAUGAAGCUCAAUGCGAAGGAUUUUGUCGUGGAGAAGAAGAAGUCAACAAAGGCUGCGUACAAUGGUGGGAAUGCGGGGAAGGUGAAUUCACGCGGACGUCGUGAUUCAGGGGAUGGGGUGAUUAUUGUCAAUGGAAUGGGUAAACCCGUUGCGUUGGCAAUUGAUUGGAUAACCCGGAGGUUGUAUGUGAUUGAUGCGAAAAUCAAUACGAUCGUCACGACAGAUCUCGAUGGAAAUGGGCUCAUUUCGCUCGUUUCAACGGGUCACGAUCCCGUGGAUUUAGUCUUAGAUCCCGCAAUGCGUCAAAUGUUCUGGUCAGCAAGCUCUGUCAAUGGCAUCCUAACGGCAGGACUCGAUGGGUCCGGGAAGAAGAUUCUCCUUCCGCUUGAGUAUCAAUGGGCAACGAGUUUAGCGUUGGAUUAUGCAACAAAUCGUCUCUACUGGACAAAUCAUGUGGGUUCCGUUGAAGUUGCCCAAUUGCGUGGGAUGGAGAAGCCCACGGAGAAACGUGUUAUUUGGGCGACAACACCAGAGAGGAGUCGUGCGAAGAAAAUUGAUGUUUUCGAGGAUUCCGUUUAUGUGACGUUGCAGAAUCAAACAAUUGUUAAAAUUAACAAAUUUGGACGUGGUGAGGCGACUUUGCUCCUCAGAGCGAAUCACCGAAGUGCUACGUUAAGGAUGGAGCACCCGCUUAAGCAGAAUUUCAACAUAACAAACCCCUGCAUUGAGCAUCCAUGCCGGGCCAAUGUUACGUGCCUCCUAUCACCCAUAAAUCCCACUGAAAGGGAUUGUCUCUGCUCCGAUGAUAUGCUCCGAUCUGAUGGAACUUCAGACUCCAUUACAUGCACAACCCUCGAUAAGAUUCCCUCCCUGUGUCAGCUGAAAUGUAAUUCAGGGAAAUGUGUCUUCGAUGAGGGUGAAUGGCGAUGCUCCUGCCCACCGCAGUACACGGGAGAAUUCUGUGAGCACUACCGAUGCUCCGGGUACUGCAAAAACAAGGGGAUGUGCUACAUUGACCUCAUUGGGAUGCAUCAGAACCCCAAAGAACCGCCCCCGCUGCGGUGCAAUUGCCCAAGUGCGUGGACGGGGGAACGUUGUGAAAUCAGUGCAACUGUUUGCCGGAAGUUCUGUCACAAUGGUGCCACUUGUGUGGAUCGUGAUAAGAAUGGAACGCAGUGCAUCUGCGCUGAAGGUUUCCAAGGGAGUCGCUGUGAGUACUGCACGGAUCUAAUGUGCGACAAUGGUGGCGUUUGCAGGAAGACCGUGAAUGGAGUGAGUGCGUGCGAUUGUCCUGAUCGCUUCUCCGGAAGGAUGUGUGAGAUUGAUUCCUGCGCUAACUACUGCACGGACAAGGGGAAGUGCUUAAACUCCAUGGCAGGACCCAAAUGCAUCUGCGAUACAGGCUACACUGGGACAAAAUGUGAAUCCCGCAUUUGCGAUAAAUGCCAAAAUGGUGGAAUUUGCGUUGCAAGUGAGCACUCUGACGGGUUCCGGUGUGAAUGCCCCAAAGAAUAUGGUGGAGAUUUGUGCGAGGUGGACAUUUGCAAGGAGAAUCCGCAUCAUGAAGUUUGUACGCCGUCCAAUUGUGGGUCGUUCUAUUGCCAAAACGGCGGGACGUGCUUGAGUGUUAAUGGGACGAUUGCGUGUAAAUGCACAAAGGAAUGGACAGGAGAUUCGUGUCAGAAGUACGUUCCGGACGUCCAGUGCGACAACUACUGCGGCAACAAUGGGUUGUGUCAGAUUGAUGCACAGAAUCAACGGUACUGCCUCUGCGUGGGUGAUUGGACGGGUGAGAAGUGUAUGACGCCGCCGGAUUGUCGAGGUGAGUGCGGUGAAUGUGAGCCGGGAAAUUCCAUUAAUGAAUGUCGCUGCUCCGACGGGCUCAUUCGUCCAUGUCGGGAGUCUUUUACGUUGUCGGGCAUUGAGAAGUCCCCAAGUGGCACAGUGACGGCCCUUGUGACGAUUCUCGGGGUUAUUUUUGUCCUUCUUGGGAUCUUCCUGGUUGCAAUGGUCGUCCUACGACGACGACGCAUUGGGCAACCAUUCUCACAUGCACGUCUCACGGAGAAUGUGGAGAUUACGAAUCCCAUGUACUUGGGGGAUGCCGACGAUGGCCCCGUGUUUGUGCAGGAAGAGGAUAAAGGACAUUUCGCGAAUCCCGUGUACGAAUCAAUGUAUGCCGGAUCUGGGGGUGGUGCGGCAGCUGGUGGGGCAUCCGCAGGGGGUGGGGGAGGAGCUGAAAUCAGCCACGUUGCCCCGGAAGAGAAGAAGGGACUCCUGCAGCACACGCAGGAUGAUCCACUAAGUCAGGAUUUACUCUGAUUGCAGCUCAAUGGGACCACCAAUGAGGUCCCGAAAAAUCCCAAAAUGUAAAUAAGCGCUCAAUGGCUGUUUUUUUUAAAUUAAUUAAUUUUCUUUUUAUCAAAAUGAAUCUUCUAAAUAUUAUUACAACAAGUUUUGUGUGGCUCUACACGAUUUUAGGGGCAACACGAUUAAAGGAUAUAAAUACGGAUAAAAGAGAAACUUCCAGAUUGUCCAGAGAAAUUCUCUUUCAAAAUAAAAAGAAAGACACAGGAACUUCCAUAAAAUUUCUUUCCAAUACGAAUUUAUUAAGAUUUUUUUUUACAAUUUAAAAAGUUUUUAAUGGAAUAUUUUUAAAGUAGCAGUGCCAUGAUAUUUUUAACAAUAAAAGUUUCAUUUUAAUUGAACAAAGAAUCUCAGAAAUAGGAUUCUGAAAAGAAUUUAAUAAAGAAAAUUUUAUAAAAAAAAAAUAUUACAAAAAAUAUUUUCUUUAGAUUCCAGAAAGUUUCAGCUCCAAUUUACCUCGUUCUGAAAUAAUUUUCAGACCCAUUCAAAAUGAAAUAAAGACAUUUAAGGGGUAGAUUCUGAUAAAAAUAUUUUCUUUUCUUUUCUAACAACUUAAAAGUUUUUGACCGAUAGAGUUUUUAAAUCGUUCUGUUGUUGUUCUAUUAAAGAAAAAACAAAGACUUUGCUGUUUGAGAAAAUAGUCAGAAAGACAUUGAAAGAGCUCUGGAAAAAUUAAUUUCCUUCAUAAGUUCGUUUAGAGAAAGACGUAAUUGACGAAUUGUAAUUGGAAAGAAAAGGAAAGAUUUUUAUCAGAAUCCACCCCUUUAAGUUUCAAAUUGAAAUUCAGAAAUUAGCCUUUUAGAUCUCUAUAUUGAAAAAAAUAUUAGAUCUUUCAGAUCUCCUUUAGACCCUCUAAAUUUCUCUAUAAUUUUAUACUCUAAAUCAUAUUGAAGGAAGGGAAAAUAAGCGAAUAAAUAGAACGUAAAAUACUCUUCAAAAGAUCAAUAGAAAAAAAUCUCUGGAAGUUCCGCCUCAAUCGGAAUCCCAUUUUUUGAAUAAGAAAAAAAACUUUUUUAACUAUUAGAUUGUGAGAUUAUUUUAUAGUGUUAAAUAGUUUGUUUAAGGAUAUAUUUUAUUCAAAUUUAAAGCGUUCACCGCACCUGUAAAGAACACGAGAUUUUAUUUGUGCAGCUAAAAGUCCAAAAGAAUUUAUUUGGAAUUUUAUGAAUAGAAAUCUUUUUAAAAAAAAAUCGUCUAAAAAGCAGCGCAAGAAAAUGGUGCAGCUAAAAGAAAAUAUUUUUCACGUUUUGUUGUAAAGAUAAAAAAAAAAACGAAAAGAAAAUCUUAGAGAUAAAUAUAUUAGAGGUAAAAGAAAAAAAAAUAUGUCUCUAUACUCUAUUCAAAGCAAUGUUGCAUCAAAGUUUCACCUUCGGGUAGAGUUUUACUUGAAAUGACAUUUGCAUGAAAUGUAAAUGAAGAAGAAGAAGAAGAAUCGUUCUCAUUGGCUAUCUUGUGUCUUCUACGUCACCAAAUGGUGGAGCUUGAGUGUAUAGUUAAUUUGAACAGAGUAUACACGGUAGAGAAGAAAAAAAAUUGAGGAAACGUAUAGAAAGAAAAAAUUUAGAGAAAGAGAAUUUUAUGAGAGAGAAAAGAAAAUGCAUAAAUAGUGCCAUUUAAUUUCUUUUUUUUUAAAUUUACGUGUGUCCACACACAUCAAGAAUUAAAUGUGAAAAUUUUUACCAAUAAAUGAGUUUUUAGCGUUUAUAUAUAUUCAAGUAAAAUAGAUAAAAAAAUAUAUAAAUAGCGGGUGAAACUUUCUCAAUAAGUCUAAGACUGUGUAAAACUUUUUAACAAUUAAAGCAAAAAAAAAUGUGAAAGAA